CGCCGAUCGUACGGACACGCUCAGAGCUGGGAAGGGGAGUUGGGACUUGGGAGUUGAGGCCUGCUGCUGGCUGCGACCUCCGAGGAGGAGCAAUGGAGUUAUCCACUCCCAUCCGGAGCUCCUGUGCUACGCCUGCGGCCAUGGCCCUCGUCAGCGCCAACCCCAAGAUGACCAAUCAAAAAUGUCCCAGGGGACUGCGACCUCAACUUCAGUUUUCUCAUACAUUACCAUCUGUAGCUUGUUCGAUGAUGUUAAACACACAACCUGCACAACGAACUAACCGUAAAGGUUGCAGUUCGCUUCAGGCAGUAUCUCCAGUACAAUGUACAGAAAAUCCCACGCAGUCAUCAGUAUCUUUCAAAGACUUCUGUGUUUCACUGUGUACUGAAGAGGAAGGUGUCGUAAAGAUACGAGUAAAUGUAGACGGAACACUGACCGGUUCUAUCUUUGAUAAAGUUUUCACAAAGAAUGUUGCUGCAGCACAACCACUUCCUGGCUUUCGACGAAUGAAAGGAGGGAAAACCCCAGAUAUACCAAAAGAAGUCGUUCUACACUUAAUUGGGCCAUCAAAAGUGAAGAAAGAAACCAUCAAGAAAAUUAUUAAUUGCACAAUUGCUGAGUAUGUUCAAAAGGCUAAUAUCCUAAGAGAGUUUUCUCUGAUGAGAUGCUUUCUUGAAGUAGUGCUACGCAAGGAGGGCCUGAAUGCAUCGAAAAAUCUGAAAGUUCAGCAAAGCUACGAAGAGCUUGAAGCAGCAUUUGAACCAGGAAAAGAGUUCUGCUUUGAUGCAGCUGUUCAUUUACAAUAAGCUGAUGCAGCAAGGGUAGUGCCACUAGAGAUUACCUCUGCAAGGAGACACUUGAACUGCGCCUUGAUUUUGUAGCUGCUGAUUUUUCCACUGCUACAAUCUCAUUAUUUUGUUUCUCAAUGAUAAUCGUAGCACACGCUGUUCAAUGCACAGGGCAAGUAUCAGGUUAUCUGUAUUUUGAAAGCAUUAUCUAAAAAUCUGUAUUCUUGAAAACUAAGGAUUUAUUUUAGUAUUAGCAACAAGAAAUGUCUUCGUGUUCGAGAAAAAACAAGAAAUGUUUUCAGAAUUCAGAGUAACCAGUAGUGAACGAAAUAUCAUGUGAGUGACUGGUUGGAGGCAUGAUUUAUCAAAUGUCACAAAUAAUGAUAUUAUAUUUUUGUUCUCAUGUAUGAACAACAAAUCAAUACAACAAGAGCAAAUUGAAUCA